UAUAAACCUGGAGAGAGCGGCUCCGACAUCACGAAGCGAGGCAUCUGGACCGCAAGCGCUGGAAUCUAGUCAACAGUUUGUCCGUGCGCGCUGGAGAAAUGUUUCUGAGCAAAGCGAAGACUGAUCCGGACUCCUCGUGCUCUUUGCCUGGGGACCCCGGCUCCAGCAAACCCACCGAUGCCCCGAUGGACAGCAGCGCACAGGGCUCGUUCGUUCCGACGGUCACCGCGAUCUCCAGCACGCCAGACCUGCAGUGGAUGGUCCAGCCGACCAUAAUCACGUCUGAGUCUCCGUCUCUGGGUACAGCCGAAAGCAAUGAACCGGCAAAGAGCAAAGCAGCUGGGAACAAGGGCAAAUGCGCUGCCAGAAAGAGCAACAGCAAGAGCGAGCAGGUAACAGUUCUGCAUUUGCUGCGUGUUUGGCGCGCGCGAUAAUCUGUGAAGCGUGU